CGCCGCCAUUAGAGGGAGGCCGAGUCAGCCGCCCCGGUGUAGGGCAGCGUGUCUCUGUCCCUGGCGGCGCCGUCGCGUUCCCUUCCGCGCCCCCCGCCCCGGGCCUUUCCCGGCGCGUCUGCGUGCGGCCUCGGCUCCCCGUUUCUCUUUGGUCCAGGCCUCCCUCAGCGGCCCGUGUAGGAAGUUGAGCGGGCUUCGGCGGUCGCUGAUGUGAGGCCGCGGGAGCGGCGGCCACUUCGCUGCGGAUGGCAGCGGCCACUUCUGGCUCGGGCGGCGGCGGCGGCGGCGCUGCUGCUGGCGGGCGAAGCUUCUCCUUCAAGGUGGUCCUCCUCGGCGAGGGCUGCGUGGGGAAGACCUCGUUGGUGCUCCGUUACUGCGAGAACAAGUUCAAUGACAAGCACAUCACCACCCUACAGGCAUCUUUUCUAACAAAGAAGCUAAAUAUUGGAGGAAAAAGAGUAAACCUUGCAAUUUGGGAUACAGCAGGGCAAGAAAGAUUUCAUGCACUGGGUCCCAUUUACUACAGAGACUCUAAUGGAGCUAUUUUAGUGUAUGAUAUAACAGAUGAAGACUCUUUUCAGAAGGUAAAAAACUGGGUCAAGGAAUUAAGAAAAAUGUUGGGAAAUGAAAUUUGUCUAUGCAUAGUUGGUAACAAAAUAGAUUUGGACAAGGAGAGACAUGUGUCAAUUCAAGAAGCAGAAACGUAUGCAGAAUCAGUGGGAGCAAAACACUAUCACACAUCAGCCAAACAGAACAAAGGAAUAGAAGAACUCUUUCUUGAUCUGUGUAAAAGAAUGAUAGAAACUGCACAAGUUGAUGAGAGAGCACGAGGCAAUGGUUCCAGUCAGUCAGGAGCUGCAAGGCGGGGAGUACAGAUAAUUGAUGAUGAACCAGCAGUUCAGAGCAGUGGAGGUUGCUGUUCAUCUGGAUAAUUGUAUAAGACUGUACAUUUUUGCCCCCUUAGUGAAGACUGCGGUAUUCAAAGUCUCAUUCUUUAUCAGCGGAGCGCCGGAAUUAACAGUAUUUAAAAUCAUUUGUAACAAUUCAGUACCAUUAAGUGCUAAACUAGUGGAGUAUGUGACCAGAGAAUUGGCAUUUUCUACAGUGGUUAACAAAGCAAACCAAUGGCCUUUUUACAUAUUUCUUUAAUAAUGAGUAAUAUUGCAUGUGGGAAAGACUUAUGGCUUCAUUUAUAUUUUAAAUGAGAUCAUUAUUUAAUAACUUAUAUACACUAUUGGAAUGAGACAUUUUUUGCAGCCCUUUGUAUUUUGUGGUAGAUUGAAUUGUAUCACUUCAAAAUUGCAAAUUGAUUUCUUUUUAAUUAGCAGAUACCUGGAUACUAUUUUUGCAGGGAUGGCAUUGACCUAUAACUGUCUGACUACUUUGAUAUAUUCAUCCUGUAUUCCAUGCUGGUAAAAUAAAUUGUAAAAUACAUAUUAAAUAUUUUAUCUGCUUUUACAAUUGCAGGUGCAGAAAUAUGUACAUUAGUCUUUUCAGUGAUUGUGAAGUGAAUAACAGUUGGUAAAAAGAAAAAAAGAUACAAGGUUAAUUAACUACUGCUCACUUUUUUCUCCGCUAGAUUAUGACCAUUCUUUUUGCUUGCUCUAAAGUUUACAUGCCUUGUUUGAAUUUUCUGGCAAAUAAUUGGUCUAACACCUUAGGUCCAAAAAUCUAGCCGGAACGUUGUGAACUGCUGCUACACUUAUUUCUACAAAUAAGUUUGACAUGCCUAAAACGUUCAACUGCUUCAGCUGCUUAUGUCACACAGGAAUUUAAUCGUAUGAACUUCGCCUCUUCCAUCUGAUAAUCACUAAACAAGACCUGCUUAUAAAACUUCUGUUGUCCUUAUAUCAUUGCUUCUUCAUGUAAUGUUUUUCUCCCAGUUAAACUGAAAUGAAGUGAAAAUAACUUGGUUGCAACAGUUUUCUUUUUGUAGGCUAUUAAAAUUGGCAGGAACUCAGCUGUUAUUCCUAGAUAAGCUUUGUUUUAAAUCCACUUAGGUGUUUUUUCAGUUGAAGGAAUUUCAAAUACCUUCUGAAGAUAAGUAUCUUCUGAAGGAACAGAAAAAAUGGAAAAUGAACCUGGAAUUGUUCUUAUGUCAAGAUUAGAACUGUACAGCUAAAGUAGAAUAUUUCUGAACUUCCUAAAGGAAAUAUCACUUAAGGUGUUAAUUGGUAAAUGGGUAUAUGUUGAUGUGGAAAAUAUCUAGUACACAGUUUAGCUUUUAGAAAUGGGCUUGUGUAAUUCUAACUUCACAUGUGGUGGUUUAAAUUUUAAGUGGAGCAGUGAUGAAUAUGCAUGCUCAAACAUAAAGAAAGUCACAGUGGGAAGUUGACACACAUCCCAUUAACUUCACUCUCCAAAGUCUGACAUGGAAUCUUUAAGAGCAAUAGUUUUAGGAAAGCACUGCAUGCAUUUAUCCUGCUUAAGUUGAUGUAUGAAAGUCAACUGAGGUCUAAGAGGGAAAAACUAGCUGUCACACAUGGCCAUAAUCUGGAUAAUUAAAUAUGUACAUUGUACUCUGUACCUUAACCCUUACUGAAAUUGUAAGCUGUUAAGUUCAUAUGUUUAGCUUGGUUGCUGUGACUUCUACCAUGUGCUACUGUAAGCUGCUCUAUCGUCAUUAAAUAUUCAUAUUUAGUACCUUCUACUUACAACUACUUUUCUGUAGUGCAUACUGUGUAGUAUUGGGCAGUUACAAGUGAAUAUAGGUUCAAACCAAGAUGAAUCAAACUGAUUCAGGAGGAAAUUUGUUUGCCAGUUUUAUUUGCACUAAUAUUCAUGGCUCUUAAAAUUAGCCUCUUGACCCUUCUACCUCUGUCAGUUGUCAAAACACCCUCCUGCAAGGUCAGACAAGGUUUGCACUAUUACCAUGGGUUAAAUAAGCCGUGGUGCUGGGCACGAAUUGCCUAAUUAUCUGCCCAGGUGUGGCUUGUUUUGUCCAAACCUGGGCAUCAUGGCUUGGUGGGGGAAACAACCCUCAAAUAACCCAACAACAGCCCAUGGGUUUCUCCCUCCAGCAAGCCAUGCCACCUGAGUUCAGAUGACUCAAGAAGUUGUGCCUGUGCGAGUAAUUAGGCAAAUAGUGCCCAACCACCAUGGCCUUGCUUAAAUUGCUGUGAUGAUAUGAACCAGGUCAUAAGGUGCACUAGUUCAGUAGCAUUUUGAUUUGGGCUGGGAAUUGGAGGAGUCUUCCUGCCACGAAAGAUAACUUGAACCCUGAGCACGAACAGAACCCAUCUACAGGUAAACUAUUCUAACUACAAUUCCAGGAUAGUCAGAUAUACUCCUUGUUCCCUUGAAGAUAAGUUUGCUCAUGUAAAUUAGCUACAGGUUGCUUUUUUUAAAAAAAAACAGCUGGUAAAGGUGGAAUUGAUAUUUCUUCUCCCUUUAGCAGAUCAGUGUUGUGUCUCAGUCUGACACCUUUGAUAAUACUGAUUAGCUGUUGCACACUAGGGCUGGGUUUAUACACUUACUUUCCUCCUACUCUUUAACAAGUGUUGGAGGUUUCAACUUCAGACCUCUCAACAUACACAAUGCAAGAAGGAGUUGUUGGUGCAUUUGAUGUUUUGCUUAAUUGGGUGGUUUGGGGUGUAAUUCUGUGAAUAAACAGGCUGUACUUACUGGGGCAUGCUGGGAAUAAUAAGACUUGUCUGUCUAAACAUGCAUAGGCUUGCACCCUUUGCUUAUGUUCUUGAUACAGACAUAUAGACUUCUCUGAAACUGCUCUUGAACGGUUCCUAGCAAAAUUGUCUUGGUUUGGACUGCAUUCCUAUGCAUAUUUACCUGGGAGUACAUCCCAUUUAAGUCACUGGAGCUUGCUUCUGAGUGAACAUGUAUAGGAGUUCACUGUAAACUUCCUCCAUCUAGUAGUGCCACUGAUUAUGCUAAUCAUUAUGAUCCUCCUAGUAUUUUAGCUAUUUCCUCACUUUCUCCUAUUCUCUAUAGAACUUAGGCACUUCCUCUGUCAAAAGUUGACAUCACCUGCUCUGCUUGCUUUUCCUGCCAACUGUCAAAUGAUGUUGCACAACAGUGCUCCUAGCUGUAAAGGGCUACUGGCCUGGGGUUAGAUGUAGUGCAGCUCUAUAAAGACUAUUAAUAGAUCAUAUACAGCCUUUCCAUAUAAAUGAGAUACAGUUUGCAAGUUAACACUUACAGGGGAGCAGUUGGCUUGCUUUACUUCUGGAAGCAAGUUCCAGACUGAAUUGCUGUACAGCUUCUGGAGAGCUCAGUUCCUGAAGAUGGAACUGUUAAACUUUCCCUAUGCUUUAACACUGUUGGUGGGACUUAUUAUUCUGUCCUGCCAUAUGCCCAAAGUACUCCGCCCUGGAAGCUGUAAUUCUCCUGGCCUCGAAACAUCUGAAGUCCAGCUGCUGCUUCACCUUAGAUUGUGAGUUUCCUCCUAAGGUCCAUGGCAAUUUGUGUGUUCUUCCUGAUACCUAUUGCAUCGCUACUUAAUAUUAGUGGUGGUGAAAGAAAUAGGAAGAAUCUAAAUUGGAGAGUUUGGAAUAUGGUGGACAUUGGCAAAUGUUUACUCUAAUGGGCCUUACAAGUAUUGGAAUUCUAGUUUUUCCAAUCCCUUUCCAUGCAAACUGUUCUUCCUGCCUCUUAAUGGUAGGCAAUAAAUAAAAAACCCCAUACAUGCUAAACACCGAUGGUAGUUGUAAAUGCACUGUAACUAAUUGUGUUUCCUUGGACUGAAAAAUCGCACUGAAGGGAUUGCUGUUUGAGAAAUACAAACCCAAAGUCUCAUUGGAUAAAUGGAACUCCAGCUCCUCCGUGUAAUGAAGCUAGUUCCAGGACCCUAAGGUGGCCUAAGACAUGAUGGUUCAAAUGGUACCCUGCCUCCAAAUGUCACAUGGACAAACUGCUUUUGAAAUGGAAGAAAAUGUGAAAUGCAGUUUUUGUAUAGCAUGAGGGGCAGCUAUUAAAAACAAAGUAAAAUAUUCCACUGGGCUAGCAUAUCCCUCUUUGCAUGAAUAGUCAGUGUGUAAGGUUAUGAUCUUAAAAUCAUAAUAGUUAUUCCAUUAUGAUUUUAGUGAUUGUAUUUAAUUGUACUUCACAUUAAUCAAUAACCUUAAACUUCCAUGUGAUGGUUUUAAAAAAACAUGUAAGUGUACAGCUCCAAAUUGGUAUACAAAAGGCAUGUUAACAGAACAAACAAUAGGUGUGUCCAAAUUAAUCUAGGUAGUCAGCUCAAAUGUUAAACAACAUAUAAGUUCUCCGUUGUUUGCAUUGUAGUUAUGGAUAGUAGUUAGGGCUUUGUGGUGGUAUUAGCUCACUUGUGCAGGUUUAAGACAUCACAGGUAAAGACAAAAAGCAGUAAUGCAGGACCCCAUCCUAAAGAGAUGGUAAUUAUGGGAUUCUUAUAGACCCAUGCUUUGCAUGCUUUUAUGAUGGUAAAAAUCUGUAGAGGUAUCUCUCAGGUAACGGAACAUAGAGUCCUAGUAAAGUUAGUGAAAUGUGGCAUCUGCAUUUUUCCAAAGAAAGAACCCUUUCCUCUUCAGCAUAGUGCCUGAUGAUGAAUGCUGUGAAGAACAUAAGAAGAUCCAUCUGAAUCAGACCAAUCUGUCCAGCAUUCUGUUCACAUAGCCAACUAGCUGCCUAUGGGAAGCCCAUAAAAAGGAUAUGAGUGCAAUAGCACCCUCAACUUCAUUGCUUGAGUAUCAUAUUGUAAAUCAGGGAUGGUCCUAAUAAAAGUAAUGAUUGUA